GAGUCGCUCCACUAUCUUCUGGUGAAAGACUGCUUGCCACCUCCAAAGUCGAAAUCAUGAUCAUCUGGGAGGUCUUAAAACUCGUGAGGAAAAAGAAAGAACUUAUUCCUUUGAUCACUUUUGUGAGUAUUGCUGGGUGUGGAGCAGCCUACAUGUCCAUGUAUUCCCUUUCCAAACCUGAAGUUAUUGUUGACAGAUGGAACAAUCCAGAACCAUGGGAUUAUGUGAAUCCUUCCAAGCCUCAAAAGCUUAUCACGGUUAAGCAAAAGUGGGAACCUAUUGAAGAGCUGCAGGCUGUCAAAAACAUGACCAAAUGAAGAGUCCUUCCAAAACACUCUAUCAAUCUAGCAGAAACAUCUCUGCACAAACUAGGCUACUGAAACCAGUGUGCGGAAGUGCUUCUGCUACAUUUUUAGGGACUCCCUGCAUUUUGGGGCAAGCUGAGAGAUAUCC